GAGAAAAAAAAAAAAAAACCAGAUAGAGGCAAGUGGAGUUGUACCCUGGCCCUGAGGAGUUGAAAUUACCGACGGUAGGAACUAGGAAGUAUCCCUUCCCGACUGGCAAAGCCGUCGAUGGGUGAUGUCCGGAGGUUUCGGAGUGACUAGUAAGUGAGGGAAUUGGGUGUCGUGUGUCGUCGUGAAUCGUUACUCAUCGUGGUGAGGCGUUAGAUUUGCCCGUAGCAUCAGCUUUAGCCUUAGCUUCUCAUAUAAACGACAUACUACUAACCACUACUAUUCAUAGAAAGAAAGGAGUGGAGGACGGAAAAUAAGAAAUAUGAACGGGAUUGAUCCGUCCAACGACUCCGACAAGGGUUUGCUGUGGAGGAAGCUUCCAGUCCUGAAAUCCAAGCACUUGGGGAAGCUUGGCCCCGGUUUCGGCCUCGGCGCUGGCUGUGGUUUCGGUAUCGGUGUUGGCUUUCUCGGGGGUGUAGGCCUUGGUCCUGGAAUUCCUGGGCUACAGAUUGGUUUUGGGGUUGGUGCUGGAUGUGGUGUUGGUUUGGGAUUUGGAUAUGGCGUAGGGAAAGGAGUUGCUCAUGAUGAGUACCGACGCUACACUAAUGUGGGACUCCCUUCUCAGAAUGACAUCGGUGCUCUGCUUGAUGAAGUGGUUAUAAGCACGAAGAAGUUAAUGAGAGCAACUUCAAAAGAGAUUGACAAGUGGAGAAGAUGAGAGUUUGGAGUUGGUGGUAGUCUUGCAUGAAUCAUACACGAUCUUUUUCCAAUUUAUCUGAUUACAAAUUGUUGGAGAUAUUAAUACAUAUGCCCUAUUCAAACUAUUGCUCUAAGUAUGAUGAAAUCUUCUUUUAA